CAUCUUUUUGUGGGUCUGUCAAGACUAUUGUUAUGAAUAAUAUGCCUGUUUAUUUCAACGUAUUUCAGAUUAACAAAUACAUGUAUGACCAAAUUUUACGCUUGUAGAAGGUACGGAACCUUACUAGGGUCGUGCACGGUUGGGCUGUUCCAGUGAAGUUCCGGAUGUGCUGAACAGAUACGCGAACCGAGUAAUUUGGAACAGGAAGUAGCACAUCCAAAAUGGCGGAUCCUGUGGAAACAGCGGCAGCACUUGUCAUCAUAGAAGAGCUUUUUGACUCUUCAGAUGACGAAGACUCCAGUGUCACGGUGCCAUUACAUUUUGGACUGAUAGCUUUAUCAAUGCCAGAUGAAAGAGCAAAGAUACGACGAUACGCAGAAGAAGUUAUCCCUAUGUACACAGAUGAAGUAUUCAGAAGAUUGUUCAGGAUGUCUAGAGAUACAUUUAGUGUUCUGGUAGAUUUCAUAACAGAAUGUCCCGAUUGGCAAAGACAUCACACAGGAGGAUAUGAUCCUAUACCCGUUGAUAAACAGCUAUAUGUCACAUUAUGGUAUUUAGGUGGCACAGACACUAUAAAUAAAAUAGCAGACCGCUUUGGAAUUGGUGAAGCGUCCGUCAUUGAAUGCCGAAAGAGGAUUAUAAAAACUAUCUUAAAUCACUUAAAAUCUAGGUUCAUAAAAUGGCCAAGUCCAGGAGAAAUGGCAGAAGAAGCUGAUGUGUUUUCACAAAGGAAUGGUUUUCCAGGUAUCAUUGGAGCGCUUGAUGGGACACACAUACACAUAAGUAAGCCAAAAGAUCAUCCCCAGUCCUAUUUCAACCGUAAAGGAUAUUACUCUAUCCAGAUGCAAGCUGUUUGUAGACACGAUAUGAGACUAACACACGUUUUUGUUGGAUAUCCUGGCAGUUGCCACGAUGCACGUGUCCUUAAAAACUCAGACAUUUGGAACAAUGGGUUGCAACUCUGCAACAAUACUUACUGCAUUCUGGCUGAUGGAGCCUAUCCUAUCAGAAGAUGGUUACUCACACCUUAUAGAGACAAUGGCCAUCUCGGAAACCGUGAACGAAGGUAUAACCAUUACCAUUCAUCCUGUAGAGUCGUUAUUGAGAGGUCAUUUGGGCUACUGAAAGGACGAUUUCGACGUCUGCAAAACCUUCAGACAAGCAGUAUCAAAACUGCAUGUCAGAUAAUUAUGGCUAGUUCUGUGUUGCAUAAUAUAUGCAUUUUACAAAAAGAUGAGGUCAGUGAUUUCCUGGAGGAAGAUGGUGAUCAGCCAAAUCGUCACCAACCUGUUCCAAACAUUGUAGAAAAUGAUGCGGAAGGAGUUCUCAAAAGAAAUAUUAUUGCCAUUCGACUGGUGUGA